AUGCCCCCGUCCCCUGAACCUCCCCGCGCCGACUCGGUCGCCUGGAAGAAGAGGCGAAUGGACCGCAGCAUUGGUCACUUGACGUUUUUGACGUCGAUUGCUAGACUGAGCGUGAACGACGAGGUGGGGCCGAUUCGGGCCAGCAGACCCCCGACCGGGGCCAACGUCGAGCCGGUCAUCAGGCCGCCAACUCCGAUGCCACCGGGCUGCGGCCAAGCCAACACAUAUGUGGUUAGCAUCCCUCAUCCGCAGAAAAAGGAUGAGUACGACCAUGCGAUGACUACAGAGGAAAAAGCCGGACCAUCGGGCCAAAAA